GUUGACUCCUGGGCGAUCUGGCGCAGCUACUUGUCUUGACGCAUACACUUUUGAUGGAGAGCGAUCACAAGUCUUAAGAGCUGCCAGCCAAAAGUGGGACCAUGGCAGGCGCUCAAAAAUUCUUCACAAUUGCGACGGUUUUCUUGGUGGUCGCCCCACUAGCGCAGGGCUUGUUUGAGGAUCAAGUUGGCAUGUGGGACUGGCACCAGCAGUACGUGGGGCGUGUGAAGAGCGCCGUCUUCUCCUCGGGGACACAGAAGAAACGCGUCUUUGUGGCGACUGAGCAGAAUGCCCUUGCGGCUCUCAAUCUGCGGACGGGACAGAUUGCUUGGCGCCAUCUGUUGGGCGAGGGUGACUCUAUUCAGACAUUGGAGAGUGCAGGGAGGACUAUCAUCACAAUAUCUGGCGAUGGCAAGUACGUCCGGUCCUGGAACCCGAAUGAUGGGGUCCUCUUGUGGGAAGUUGCACCACAGUCGUCCUCAAAGGAGGAUCCUGAUGCACCGGUGGACAUUGGCCUGUUGUCGUUUGAUUGGGACGGCGACGGUGCAAACGAUGUUGCGAUUCUGGCUGGGAACAACGUCUUUGUCUACUCGGCACUUUCGGGGGAGCUCCUGUGGAGGACCCGAAUGCUCACCGACAUCCGCAUCCAAAAGCUGCACGCCGACCCCUCCGCCAAGCGCCUCUUCGCCGCCGGCUUCCUGGGCGUGGAAGGCACUGCGGCUUCCAAGCUCGCCAUCCUCUCCUUCGACUUCCCCUCGGAAACCAAAGAGGAGGCCAUCCACAAGGCCCAUAUGGAAUUCGAGCCCCUCCAACCCCUCUCGACCAAGUCGCUCGUCUUCGCAAACGGCUACGUAGCGGCGCUCUCUUCCGACGGUCUCACUCUCGUUACGCACUCCCUGGAGAGGUCUGCCGGGUUUGAGGCGUCCGCCGCAGACCUGCUUCCGUUCAAACUCCCGCGAGGGGGCCGCGCGGAGCUGCUUCCGGGGGUUAGCGGAAACGCGGUUGCGCUGUCAACCGGCGCCGGCGUGGUGCUUUUGAAGAUUGACGAAAAGACCGGGCAUCCGUCACGCACGGCGGUUCUUUCUCCGUCCGAGGGGGGUCUCGUUCUGUCGGACUCGCUCACAGACCCAGCCGUGGUCGCAGCACUCACUACUCCCCCGGGAGGCGGCGGCGAUCUCCUCUCCGCGCAGGUCCUCAGCUGCGAGUCCGGGGACGUGGUUUCCAAGUCGGAGAGUGUGCAGUGGGGGGGUAACCACGGGGGCCUCUCGCGGGUGUUUCUCAACCCCUAUCUGAAGAAGGACGGGACGUGGGGGUACAGGUUUCUUGCGGUGGGGGGGGACGACUCGCUCGCUUUACUGCAGCAGGGGGAAGUGGUGUGGGCGCGAGAGGAGGCGCUCGCGGGGGUGGUCGGAGUGCAGUUUGUGAACCUACCCCCUGACGAGGAGAGCGCCGUGAAGCGUGUGGAGGAGGGCAUCGAGGAGUGGGUCAAGCUCCAGCUGCUCGCCGCAAAGGUGACCCUGUUUCUGGCGUCCGAAGAGGAGCAGCAGCAGCUCGCCAACGCCCGCAAGUUUUCCGCGGAGAAGAUGAAGGUCACAAUGGACCACAACGGCUUCCGCCGCCUGAUUGUCGUCCUGACUUCCUGCGGCAAAGUCCUGGGACUCCACACGGGGGACGGCCGCGUUAUCUGGUCGACCCCACCCCUCACGAAAUCGCCCCAACGACUCUUCCUCUCACGCACUCCGUCCUCUCCGCGCACUCCCCCUGAGAUUAUGGUUCUUGGCGGGGAGGGGGAGAUGAUCUGGGUGAAUGGCCACACUGGCGCAGUGCUCCGGAAACAGAGCUUAGGAUUUGAAGUCAGCCAAGUGAUUCCGCUUCCGUUGAAGGAUCCGGCGGAACAGCGGCUCGUGCUGCUGGUAGACCCGGAGGGGGGAGCCCACGUGGUGCCGGGGACGGCGGAGGCGGGGGCGCUUUUCCGGGAGCGGUUGCUGGGCAAGACGUUCUACUACAAGGUGGACAAGAAAGCGGGCACGAUCACCGGCUAUGUCCUGCAAGCACCGGACAGCGCCGGACGCUCCGAGGGAUCCCCCGCGGCUUCGUCGGUGGAGUUAUGGAGCAUUGUGUUCCCAAAAGAGACGGAGCAGAUUGCGGCGGUCUUUGGGAGGCGGCCGGAAGAGAGCGUUCACUCGCAGCUGCGCAUGUUGGGCAACCACCAGGUCCUCCACAAGUACCUCAACCGCAACACCAUCUUCGUGGCGACCACCACGCCAGACGAGUCCUCCAAGCCAGUCGACGAGCGCUCCGUGGUCGCCUACCUGCUUGACACCGUCACCGGCCGCGUCCUGUACCGGGUCACGCACCAGAACGCACAGGGCCCCGUGUCUGGCGUGUUCAGUGAGAACUGGAUCGCAUACAGCUACUUCAACGCGCGCGCUUUCCGCCCCGAGAUCUCCGCCCUCGAGAUGUUCGACGAGUCUCACGACUCCGAGAAAAUCGACGUGUUGGGCGCACUCUUCGGGGGGUCCAACGUGACUGUCCCAGUGUCUUCGCUCGCGCCCCCCCCAAUCAAAGUCGUGGCGCAGUCGUACUUCUUCCCUCAGACGGUUAAGAUGAUGGCGGUUACGUUAACCGCGAAGGGGAUCACAGGGAAGCAGGUACUGAUCGGGACGAGCUCGGACCAGAUCGUGGCUUUGGACCGUCGCUUCGUGGACCCCCGCCGGCCCGAGGUGGUCACGCCCCAAGACCAGGAGGAGGGCCUCAUCCAGUACCGAGAGGCGCUGCCAUUCCUUCCGCCCCUCUUCAUCACGCACAACAACCAGGUCGAGGGCCUUCGCGGCAUCGCGACAGCGCCCGCCCGACUUGAGUCCAACUCGCUUAUGUUCGCGUAUGGGAUCGAUCUCUACUACAUGCGCACCGCCCCCAGCAAAACCUACGACCUCCUCACGGAAGACUUUAGUUAUGCUCUCCUAGUGCUCACGAUCCUCAUUCUUGUGGGCGCAAUCGUUGUUUCUGCAGCGAUAGCGCACCGUAACCAGCUGAAAAACCAGUGGUUAUGA